AUGCGAUAUAUCCUUUGGAUCGAUAAGCAGAAUGCUGAUGCUGAUGCAAUAGUGCCACAUUUAACACAUGAUAAUAGUCUUCAGAUCGAUUUCUAUGAUUCAUUAUCUGCAGCAGAAAAGCAUCUGUUGAAUUAUAUCAAUCAGAUCAGAUCAUCAUCAACAUUUCAAAUUAUUUGUCAUGGUCAUUAUGAGCAAGAAAAGAAAAAUCCGUUGAAUUUAUUAGAAUUUUUGAACCAUCAUGAUCUACAACAUAUUCCUGUUCUUGCCUUCACACGCAACACAUCAGCUCUACAGCAUCGUUUGCAAAUGAAUGCACCAUCAAUGGGUAUACAUGAUUGGACACAGCGACUAACAAUCAUCGAUAGAUCUGAAGACUUGACACGAAAAUGCAAAGAGAACAUGAAAAAGUAG